CUUCGCUUCUCACGGCUGCCGCCAUAGCCAGAGCUGGCUUCAUUGCCGCGACGCAAAAGACAGUCUGGUCGUUCUGACGAGCAUUUCGCAUACCGUGAGCUGUGCCCCCAUAGACAGGAUACAGCGUUGUAUCGGAUACAGCGAUCAGUGAAGUUCCUACUUUGUGCGCAACCGUUUCGACGAGGAAUACCGCUCGAUGGUGCUGUUGGCGUCCACGCCGAUACGACACGGCGAGCGGCAGGAGAGCGGUCCUGUGGAGAACGGCGAAACAGGACCCUCUCGGGUGCAAGUCACACUGUACGAGUGUGAAAGACCCCACGCUGUUCUCGCCAGUCCGGACACGCCGGACGUCGACUUCGAACUCAUGAGUCUCCCCGUCACCAUGACGGCCAACGGGUCGCCCAGGCACGAAGUCUACGUCACGCAACUCAGCACGGACAGCGGAGUAGACAAUCCCUUCCGGCCGGAUGGAGAAUUGAGCAGGGAGGCAGACACAAUCGUCAGCCUGAUCAAGGCAGGGAAGCCCAUCACACCCGUCAAGGGGGAGCCCGACGGAGGGUUGUUCAACGCAGUUGAGAACGCGGUGACUUCUGCGAGUCCUCCUCCAGCCAACGGAGAAGCAAAGAUCUCUCCCACGAAAGCCCCCAGCCCAGUGGCCGCGGAAAAGAAGACCGAAGCCAACGGAUCGACGCCUGCCAGCCUCAAGAAGGGACCUGGUGUUGUUGAGGUCCAGCAGGGCAUAGUUGUGCCGCCUUCGGACUCUUCCACCGUGGAGCAGGUGGUCAUCAAAAAGAAGCCAAAGUGCAAGUGUUGCGUGAUCCAGUAAUCGCUUGCGCCACACAUGCAUAGAAACGGGCGGAGUGGAAGACGACAACUUCAAACUUCUCAGUCAGUGAACCCCGUUCCUCUCUCGCAAGCUUCGCGACGGACAUUGCUAGCAAACAGUGCGAACCCGUUGACGCUGGUUUGGAACUGCACAGUGAGUAAAGACACAAUCGUAUGCUGAAAAGCGACAGACAUCGGAACGACCCACCCUGUCAGUUUCGAAAGAAAGUACGCUGAAAGGACUGAGUAGCAGACGUGUGUGUGUGUGUUACGCCACCCUGCACGGUGGCUUACAUAAGUGUAACGAGAUACGGCAGCUCGGAAUCGAUGAGCCAGAGACUGUACUUGUGUGCAGCUUUCAUGAGUACAUGUGUUCUUUAGUGCACUAUUUUGCUGCAUGACUAUUUUUUCCUGCAGCUGUUCGAUGCAGCUGCGAUUUCUUUUCAUGGGCAUCUUGUAGACGUGUAUAUUUUCACAGCAACGGCCAUUUUAGCCACAGUUCCCACGUAGCGAUUCCCCUUGGCAACUAUGAUAGUAAAAGAGGUGAUAGAAUGCCUUAUUUUCUACUAAGAGCAAACAAUAGUCCAGAAACUCUUUACAUGGCACUACUUCCCGAGGAGCCUCAUGCUAAAUGUGUUCGUAUCCCUCAUCCAGGUAUACACAACGCCCAACCCCUUCGAAAUUUACGUUCUUCAGCUGCUUUCUAGAGAUGGCGGCUACUAAGGUACGAAUCGAGCAUCGAAGACAGUGAGGUCCAUCUGUCGCUUUGGCCACGCGGGACGCUUUUGCGUGCCUUCCUUGCUAAUAAGUCGGUGGGAAAGGAACCUAUUUGACUGAACAAGCUGCAUGAGUAAGGAGGGGGUUCAAGGAAAUCGAGCGAAAAUUGUGAAACCAUACCCCCCCCUCUCUCAUAGACACGUAUGAUACGCAGCACUCCACUUAGCCGCCACUGUGGAUAGAAUGCACUUAGUUGUACCUUUCAAAUCCGAGUUCUGCUAAAUGUAAAAGCAAUAACUGAUCUUUGGUUGUGGCCUUGUUCGGUAACAUACACGAGGAAAUUCGACUUUAAUCCAGAGCCCAUUUCAGUUUGACCAGCUCCAGAUGUCUUUGAUGUCUUUAGUAAUGUCCGCACGGUUUAAAGAGUGUGAAAAAUCGUGCAUUUUUCCAUGGUGGCUACAGCGGUUUUUCCCUGUUUCAAAGCAUGACUGCCCCCUCUCGUGGCUACGGAGAACAACAAAAAGACAAAUCCCUAUAAAAGUGGCAGCAGUUAGGUUUUAUAUAUUCCCCUGCUUUUGUGUGGGACAUAGGUUUAGUUUCCGUGUCGUAUGUUACAUGACGGCGUACACUUGACACAUGUAUACAUAAGGAAUUAAUAUAUGCUGUUCCGUUAAUGUUGUAUUAUUUGUAGGUGUACAUACCACUUGCAUGCUUUCUGUUGCAUUGCGUUCUGCAGAUGCAUCUCGAUGGCUAUUUUUGGAGAAGCAGUGUUCCGCUUGAGCUCAUGACAUAGUGAAGCCAUGUAUUUUAUUUUUCCAUUGACUCUUUUUUUGUUUUAUUCUUUUGCAGACAAGGUUUUAAUUUGUUAGGUGUACUGAAACGAGAAAGUGCAAUUGACUUUGGUAAAAAAAAAAAAAUAAUAAUAAUAAUAAAUUACUGACUCGCAGAGUGCAUGAAUCUGACCUGUGCAGCUGCAAAUUCCUGAGCUCAGGCUUGAGUAGGAUGUUUUUGAGGGACAUUGCUUUUCGUCUGCAUUGUUUUUAGUAGUAGAGUGAGUGCUGGCUGCUAGGUAGAGAACUGUACAAAGUAUUUAAGUUGUAUUUUUGUAAAAGAACUUUUUAUGAUGUGUUCGCCAAAUGUUUUCCUCUUACUCUACCACUACAGGUAUGCAGAGCAGCCUUUUUUUUCCAUUCAGGCCUCGUCUUAUUUAGUUACCUGUGAGAAUUGCUAUUCAAGGCUUUUCUUUUCCCGCAAUCCACUGCCGGUGAUCUCUAAUUUAAUGAUCUGCCAUUUUUAAUUGAUUCCUCAUUCUAAUGUACAAUGUGGCAGCCGCAAAGUCACAAACACCAGUGUAUCAUUUAAAAUUUUGAAACACCCUGCAUAUGACAUGUUUUUUUCAAAGCAGAGGAAACAAGCAAGUAAAACUCUGAGGUACAGUGAUAUUUACGUGCUGCAUUAUGUUCUCAAAAACAUGUCUCAACUUGACAAGAAUCAAGUAAUGUAUGCGCCAUAUCACACGCAUAGAUUGUCUUUGACAUCAUUUUCGUUUACCUUGCUCUUUUCUCAAGGCAGAUACCAUUUUUCCUAGUUUAAGUAGGCUAAUAAAGCAAUUUACGCAACAAGGUCUCUUGCAACUCAGAUCUUCAGAAGCGUGGCUGCACUUUCGGUGUAAAUGAAGGAUAAACAGGCCUUGUAUAUAUAAGAACCAGAAGUUGAUUAUUUUGUACAAGUGGGAAGCUAUGUGCGAGUUGCACUUUUUCUGCCAAGUGAUACCUCUCUGUACUCGAGAGGCGAGGGACAUUUUGGCUGUGUCAAGGCAACAGUAUCGGUAUCACUGCACACACCAUGUGGUACAUUGCGACGUUUGAUUUCUCAGACUUUUGUGCAUGUUUUCGUGGUGUCAAAUGAAGUGCAUCAUUAACAUGUAUGAUUUCAGCCUUUUCUGUUCAGUGGUGACCCUCCCCAGAGUGGAAUUAAAAGUGCUAUAAAAUUAAUUAUUUACAAGGAA